UUGUCAGUGUCAGUGUCAACCAACUGGGGUGUGUUGUGCAAAAAUAAAUUUAAUCAACAAAAGAAAGAUAUAAGAUACUUAAAUGAUUUUAUGUGAAUAACGCAACACAUUCUUUUAUAUAUAUGUGUAGUAUUUAAGAUAAAAAAUGGGUUCCCUAUUCGGCAAACAUAAAAAACCUGUAAGCAGAGUGACUGAACAAGAUAAGGCUGUUCUUCAGUUAAAACAACAGAGAGAUAAGUUAAAACAAUACCAGAAGAAAAUAGAACUUAAUCUCGAAAGAGAUCGGCAGUUAGCAAAGAAACUUUUAGACGAAGGAAAACGUGAUAGAGCAAAACUGUUACUCAAAAAGAAAAAAUACCAAGAAAAACUUUUACAAAACACUGAUAAUCAAUUAGAUAAAUUAGAACAGCUUACGCAUGAUUUAGAGUUUGCGCAGAUCGAAAUACAGGUGAUAGAUGGUUUGCGGACAGGUAAUGAGGCUCUAAAGAAGGUCAAUGAUAUCCUUAAUAUUGAUGAAAUAGAAAAGAUUCUGGAUGAAACCAGGGAAGGUAUAGAGAAACAGAGAGAAAUAGAUGAAUUGAUCUCUGGCCAGCUUACUGAAGAAGAUGAAGAUGCUGUUGAAGCAGAACUGGAAGCCAUUCUUGAUGUGGGUGACCAACUACCAGAUGUACCCACAGAGGACUUGCCAGAGAUCCCAAAAGAAAGGGAACAAGAAAAACCUCAAAAAGUCAAAAAGACUCCUGUAAAAAUAGCAGCCUAAGCCUAAUUUAAUAUUUUUGCAAGAU